CGCCCCGAUGUACAGCAUGAUGAUGGAGACCGACCUGCACUCGCCUGGCGGCGCCCAGGCUCCCACGAACCUGUCGGGCCCGGCCGGGGCAGGCGGCGGCGGGGGCGGCGGCGGGGGCGGCGGCGGCGGGGUCGCCAAGGCGAACCAGGACAGGGUCAAGCGGCCCAUGAACGCCUUCAUGGUGUGGUCCCGCGGGCAGCGGCGCAAGAUGGCCCAGGAGAACCCCAAGAUGCACAACUCAGAGAUCAGCAAGCGCCUGGGCGCCGAGUGGAAGGUCAUGUCCGAGGCCGAGAAGCGGCCGUUCAUCGACGAGGCCAAGCGGCUGCGCGCGCUGCACAUGAAGGAGCACCCGGAUUACAAGUACCGGCCGCGCCGCAAGACCAAGACGCUGCUCAAGAAGGACAAGUACUCGCUGGCCGGCGGGCUGCUGGCGGCCGGCGCGGGCGGCGGCGGCGCGGCCGUGGCCAUGGGCGUGGGUGUGGGCGUGGGCGCGGCGGCCGUGGGCCAGCGCCUGGAGAGUCCGGGCGGCGCGGCGGGCGGCGGCUACGCGCACGUCAACGGCUGGGCCAACGGCGCCUACCCCGGCUCGGUGGCGGCGGCGGCGGCUGCCGCGGCCAUGAUGCAGGAGGCGCAGCUGGCCUACGGGCAGCACCCGGGCGCGGGCGGCGCGCACCCGCACGCGCACCCGGCGCACCCACACGCGCACCACCCGCACGCGCACCCGCACAAUCCGCAGCCCAUGCACCGCUACGACAUGGGCGCGCUGCAGUACAGCCCCAUCUCCAACUCGCAGGGCUACAUGAGCGCCUCGCCCUCGGGCUACGGCGGCCUGCCCUACGCCGCCGCCGCCGCGGGCAGCGCGCACCAGAACUCGGCCGUGGCGGCGGCGGCGGCGGCGGCUGCCGCGUCGUCGGGCGCCCUGGGCGCGCUGGGCUCGCUCGUCAAGUCGGAGCCGAGCGGCAGCCCACCGGCCCCCGCGCACUCGCGGGCGCCGUGCCCCGGGGACCUGCGCGAGAUGAUCAGCAUGUACUUGCCGGCCGGCGAGGGCGGAGACCCGGCAGCGGCGGCGGCGGCCGCCGCGGCGCAGAGCCGACUGCACUCGCUGCCGCAGCACUACCAGGGCGCGGGCGCGGGCGUGAACGGCACGGUGCCUCUGACGCACAUCUAGGGACGCGGGGACACUGCGGCCCGCGCCGGCGACGCGCGACGAGGAGCGUGCGGCCCGCCCCGGGCGCCCGGCGCGGCCUCACUUCUGCACGGACGUUUCCAUGUCCUGUGAAAAGAAACAGUGGCGAUGAAAGGGUGACCCGCGCCCCCGCCACACCUUCCCGGGAGCGCCCGGGGACCUGGGCGCGGACACAGCCGUGCGUUUUAGACUGAGCUUCGGUGUUUUCUUGAGACUUUUUGUACAGUAUUUAUCAUCCACGGACGAGGCAGAAAGCGUUUUCUUUUCUCGAGGGGACACAAAGACCACACACUACACGAGAGGCGACUCCAACGUUUCU